AUGCCUCGCAAGCGUAAAUCAGAUUUAACGCGUAGCUCUUCAAGAGCUCGAGCCGCGAGAGUAGCUAGAACUCAAGAAUCUGAAGAGCAGACUCAAGCAAGGCAGAUUUUAGACGCCGAGCGUCACGCAGCUGCAAGGGCUACCGAGACCGUAGAACGGACUCAAGCCCGACAGCAUUUAGACGCCGAGCGACAUGCGUCUCUUAGAGCGUCCGAAACUCUAGAACAAGCUCAGGUCCGGCAAAUCUUAGAUGCGGAGCGUCACGCAUCUUAUAGAGCCACCGAGACCUUAGAACAAACUCAGACUCGGCAAAUUUUAGACGCGGAGCGUCACGCAUCUCUUAGAGCCACUGAGACCUUAGAGCAAACUCAGAUCCGGCAACUUUUAGAUGCCGAGCGUCACAGAUCUCUUAGAGCCACUGAGACCUUAGAACAGACUCAGACCCGGCAACUGUUAGAUGUCGAACGUCACGCGUUUCUUAGGGCAACCGAAACAUUAGAGCAGACUCAGACCCGACAAUUUUUAGACGCCGAGCGUCACGCGUCUCUUAGAGCCACUGAGACUUUAGAGCAGACUCAGGCCCGGCAACUUUCAGAUGCUGAGCGUCACGCGUCACGCAUAACUGCAGAGACUCACGAAGAGUCACAAAGGCGGCGAGACAUUAAUGCUGAACGACAAGCAGAAAGAAGACGCGCAUUUACGCGUAGCACGUGGCAGGCGUUUCACGAUACCGCGUUUGAUUAUGAUCCACUGAUUGAUUAUGUCAACCACCGAUUAGUUAUAAUUGGGAAAAUGGAUCAAAAAUGUAGAUAUUGCGAAGCACUAAAAUGGAAAGAAGAAACUCCUGGUAUGUGUUGUUCUGGGGGAAAAAUCUCGCUUCCAUCACUUGGUGUGCCAGAAGAACCACUUAAGACUCUACUUUUGUAUGACUGCGACGAAUCACGCCGCUUUUUAAACAAAAUAAGAAAAUACAAUUCGUGCUUUAGAAUGACUUCCUUUGGUGUUGACAGAGAAGUUGUAAUGCCUGGAUUUUCACCUACUUUCACUAUACAAGGACAAAUCUACCACAGGAUUGGUUCUCUGCUUCCAGCGAGUAAUGAAGAGCAUAAAUUUUUACAAGUUUAUUUUAUGGGGGACGAAGACAACGAGGCCGACCGUAGGUGUCAAAAUAUUCAAGGGGUUGAAAAGGAAACUGUUUUGAAAAUUCAAAGAAUGCUGCAUGAACAAAAUCGCCUUAUCAACACUUUCAAAACUGCAUUAGAGAGACUACCGGGAGAAGAAUAUAAGUUAGUGAUGCAUCCAGACCGUACGCCCAGUGGAGAACAUGAGAGACGAUAUAACACGCCACUAAUAAAUGAAGUUGCAGCCAUGGUUUUAGGUGAACAGUUUGCUACCCGCGAUAUAGUUGUGCACGCCCGUAAUGAUAUAUUAGCCAGAGUCCCUGAUACCCAUAAAUUUUAUGACGCUUUGCAAUAUCCAAUUAUGUUUAGCAAAGGACAGGAAGGGUAUAACUUUCAAAUACAACAAGUAAAUCCUAUAUCAGGCCUCUCCUUGCCCAACAAAAAAGUUUCAUGUAUGGAUUUUUAUGCCUACAACAUGAUGAUACGGGAAGACGAUUUUAAUAUAAUACCACGAUGCAGACAACUAGCCAAUCAGUUUUAUGUUGAUAUGUACGUGAAGGUUGAAAGCGAACGAUUGCGAUAUAUAUCACUAAAUCAGAGUAAAUUAAGGGCAGAAAAUUACAUCCAUCUUCAAGAUGCUGUAGCAAAUGACGCGAAUAGACAGUUCACAAUGAAAACGGAUACCCCAUGUAUCGUAGACGAGCGCCAGCAGACGGAGGUCGAACGGCAACUGUAA